UUCACACUUCCUCGCGUUGUUCCUCAGGGUGGAUGCACUGUUGAUGGUCAUUUUCUACCAGCUGAAACUGUUGUUUCUACAAGCUCUUUCGCGGCAAGUAUGUCGUCAGCUAACUUCAAAGAGCCCUGGAAGUUCAACCCAGAGAGAUGGAUGGGUGAAAACCCCACCGAUGACCUCGACGCAAGUCAGCCGUUCUCGUACGGAACGCGGUCCUGCAUGGGACGGAGUCUUGGCUGGAUGGAGCUUCAAACUAUCGUAGCGAAGAUCAUCUACCGGUACGACAUGGAGUCAGUUGAUGACACUGUUGACUGGCAUCGUGAUUCGAGGAUGCAUACUCUCUGGGAGAAACCUCCUCUGAUGGUGAGAUUGAAG